AUGCUCUCGAAACACAACACGCGAUAUGUCGAACUAUCAACCGACGUUCACGAUGAGGCAGAUUGGGUAAUCGGGCAGCUUAGGCAGUUCGAUAUCCCGUACACCAUCACAUCCUUCGCCGUCGAACCCACGACGAAAUUACUGGCCAUAGGAACGUCAAAUGGAGCGGUUUACAUCCACGGAGGUCCAGCUGUUGACGUUAAACUCCUGACUCCUGGUUCUGUGGGGGUGAAAUUCCUUGGUUUCGCCUCGCUAUCCCAGAAGAUCCUUUGCAUUGAUGACAACAAUGUAAUGCACGUUUGGGAUUUGACGACGUUUGGCGAUCCUGAAUACCUGAUUUCUGCGCGCUUCGACCAAGUAACCGCAUUCACGACUUCCCCUUCUCUGUGCCAUGUCUUCGUUGGUCUUCAGACUGGAGAGGUCAAGACUUAUGACUUGGCUUGCCUUCGCAAGUCGCACUACACCGCACCGAACAUGUGGAAACUAUACCAACAAAGCAUGAGAGUAGGAGGUAUGCCCUCGCUGGUACCUCAGUCCAGCUCCCAAUUAUGUGUAGAUCAACAACUGCACCCUAGAGAUUUGAACCAGAUCUUCGUGGCCUAUUCUGGCGGCGUAAUUCUGAGCAAUCUGGCAUGUCACCGUUGUCCAUGUCAAACGGAACGAAGUACCAUCCGUGCGUAUGAAAUGACCCUGCCUCCUGGCGCUCCGGGAGGGUUUGGAUAUGGGAUGGACGAUAUCUUAACCCACAGGCAGCCUGAAGUGACGUCUAUGUCAAUCCACCCAUCGGGACAUCUUUUCGCUGUCGGACAUGCCGAUGGAUGCAUUGCAUUCUGGGCAGUUGACGACGACACGAAACCUUUGCUCGUUCGAACACUAGACAACGAGAAUGUCGAUCAGGUCGACAACUCGAGACUUGAGAAGGAGCUGGAGAAGAACCAAGAAGGCAAGGGAACCGUGUGCAUUCGGGAACCUAUCUUCAAGUUGGCUUGGAGCGGAUAUUCAAACUCAUCGGACCCUCGUGGUGGAGAGACUACAUUGACGAUUUUGGGAGGCCUUGAUUCUAAGCACGGCGGGUCUAUCACCGUCUUACUCUUUCCCGCAUUUCAGCCUCCCGAUCCACCGACAACAGAUGGUGAACAGGAUCCGAAGCUCUUGCAUCCUUUCUUCAGAGAGGAAAUGGUGAAGUCAUUGACGCCUCAGAAUGCAUACAUUUACGAAGGCAAAGGUGAAAUACAAGAUUUCCUCCUCUGCCCGCGAGAACAUCUCCAUUUUGGCGGAAAUUAUGAUCCAUACGCCAUCAUCUGCUUGCAGGCAACACCAGAAAACGGCAGGGUGGUCGAAGCAUACCGCUUCCCCCCUCCUGGCUGGAUAUACCCCAAGGCCCGUCCUCCCAAGGUUGAACCUUCGACAGACCAGUCGGAGUCACCAGAUCAGACAUCCCUCGACCCUCAGAUGGACGAAGAAGACUCAGAAGACGAGGGAGAAGAAUUGGAUCUUCCCUUUCAACUUGUCCACGGAUCUGCAUCACUUGAGAGUGGACAGCUACUCACCGUGGAUGUCAGCGCUUACGAUGAUCUCGUAGAUAUCAAUAGUUCGGUCGUGCGAGAAGGACUUCACUUGGAAGGGGGCCAAGCAUACAACGACCAAAGUCGCGGUGAAGAGAUCCGGCUAACGAAGUUCUCUCCCCGUCGAAUCUUCAUUACCUGCGACAACCGCUGGAGACUCAAGUUUUUCGACUUCAGUGCACAACUCCUGGCCAACGUCCCUCCGGAGCCUCUUAAACAUCAUUUUCCUAAUCCAUUGUUGGGACUUAGCGUCGAUCUUGGAUCAUAUACGGCCAUGACGUCGCUGCUGGAAGACCGGCCGUCCGUAUUGUGCUUUUCUUUUGCCCCGGAAGCCUUGGAACUCGCGAUUGCUCUCACUGAUGGAAGGGUGGUGGUAUUCCUUCCAUCCACCACGAAACAUCGUCCUCCUGCGGAGGAGUACCAAGAAAUCAUCAUGUUAAAUCCUUCGGCCGUCUCGUCUAGUGUAUUCUCACCUCGUUUCGUGGUGCAGGGAGACGCUGCGGUGCAAACAUGCGCUCUAUCCGAUACAGGGUUCCUUGCCAUUUCCUACAGGGACGGAAAGGUGGUCGUAGUUGAUAUGAGAGGACCUCGUAUCCUGUCCAAGAUUGCCGCUCGCUCGAAACACAAGCGCGUGUCUUCUCUUGGCAAUCGAUUCAGCAGUGAACCCGACGUUGCUACCGCUCUGACUUGGUCAAUAACGCCAACUGACCAAGAUGCCAAGCUCCGUGUGCGCCUACUCGUGUCAAGGGCUGCGGGUUCUGUUGAGAUCUAUGCGCUCUUACUCAACGGGAAUCCAGCUGUCUGGACGAUUGCCGAAGACUCUGUUACAACGAAGGGUGUCUCGGAUCCUCUACCUGGAGGUUCGUUCGUUUUGGACAGCAAGACAGGAAAUCCUAGAGGUGCGAGCCGCGGCCUUUUUGCAGCUGCUGUACGGCUGGCAGGAGGCGACGACGCGAUAGUUCCAUCGCUAUUCGUGACUGUAGGAUCCAGGGGUGCCCGAGUGUAUUCCAACGUUGACGGGGAACGUCUAGGGAGAGCAGAGUGGAGCAGCAAAUAUGGGACGGCGGUGGUAGCUCAAGUCGUAGAACGCAUGGCAUCCAAGGCGCUUGUCGUUAUCACAGACGCACAGAUAGGUCUCGCCUACACGUUGCCGAGUUUGGAGCAUAUUACAGAUUUCAAAAUGCCCCUCGUGGAGACUAGCGUUUUGACAGUCGACAGGAGUGGAGACUUCGUUGCAUUUUCCGAUUCCAACCAAGGCGGUGUAGUGGACCAACUCGUGUACGGGACAUUCUUCGACACCAGGCGCACACGCUUCCACCCAGAAAUUAACUUCGCGAUGAAAUCAUCUUCCGUCUCCCAACCACAGCCGGUUUCCAUAGGACCUGCGUCAUUAUUAGGAACUUGGCUACACUUCAACCAAACGUAUUCGGGAAGGCAGAUAGAUGAUCUUCUUGGCGGGCCAAACCGCCCAGUUAUUGUCAAACAAGCCGUGACAGGUGCGAGCGGACCAUCGGUUGCCGAAACAGCUUCCAGUGCUGCUACAAGUAUCGCGGCGUCUGCGGCUGCAGCGCAAGCCACCAUCUACAGCAAGCUGACUGCUGCGAUGAAUGAGCGGGGCCAAUUACUCGGGGAUCUUGAGGAAAGAUUCAAUUCUCUCGAAACAGGCAGUAGAAACAUGGUCGCUCAGGCCAAGAGGCUGGCAGCGCAGCAAACAGCGAAAUCAUGGUUCGGUUUCUAA